AUGCCAUACAAUAUUGCGAUGGUCUGUGACUUCUUCUAUCCCCAGCCAGGAGGAAUCGAAAGCCACAUCUACCAGCUGUCAACCAAGUUGAUAGACCGAGGGCACAAAGUCGUCGUCAUCACCCACGCCUAUCAAGGACGAACAGGAGUGCGCUAUCUUACGAAUGGAUUGAAGGUGUACCAGGUCCCGUUUCUGGUCAUCUACCGAGAGACGACUAUGCCAACAGUCUUCUCUUGCUUUCCCAUCUUCCGAAACAUCUUUAUUCGGGAGGAGAUCCAAAUUGUGCACGGACAUGCUAGCUUAAGCAGUUUCUGCCAUGAAGGCAUUCUGCACGCCAGGACUAUGGGUCUUCGGACAGUGUUUACGGAUCAUUCGCUCUUUGGCUUCGCCGAUGCCGCGUCCAUUCUCACGAAUAAACUCCUCAAGUUUACUAUGAGUGAUGUCGAUCAUGUCAUAUGCGUCAGCCAUACUUGCAAAGAGAACACCGUUUUGCGAGCGUCACUCGACCCAUUGAUGGUGUCGGUCAUUCCCAAUGCCGUGGUCGCUGAGAAUUUCCAGCCACUUCUCCAUCAGCCCAAAGGACAGGAUCGUGGAUCUAUGAGGCCUCGACCGCUUGCCAAACGCUUAAGUCCGAAUGAUGAGGUCGUCAUUGUUAUCAUAUCUCGUCUCUUCUACAACAAAGGCACCGAUCUUCUCAUUGCCGCCAUUCCCAGAAUCUUGGCAGCUCACCCCAAAGUCCGCUUUAUUAUAGCAGGCUCUGGACCGAAAGCGAUCGAUCUUGAGCAGAUGCUAGAAAGAAGAGUUUUGCAAGACAAAGUCGAGCUUCUUGGCCCGGUCAGACAUGAAGAAGUCCGAGAUGUCAUGGUUCGAGGACAUAUCUACCUGAAUCCUAGUCUCACAGAAGCAUUUGGAACUGUCAUUGUCGAGGCUGCCAGUUGUGGUCUAUAUGUUGUAUGCACGCGCGUUGGUGGUAUACCAGAAGUACUUCCGGCACACAUGACGACAUUCGCAAAACCGGAAGAGGACGAUCUGGUAGCAGCGACGGGAAAAGCAAUCAUGGAUCUACGUUCCGGCAAGGUCAGAACCGAGCGCUUCCACGACCAAGUCAAAAUAAUGUAUUCAUGGGCUGAUGUAGCUCAGCGGACGGAGCGUGUCUAUGACGGGAUCAUUGGAGCCAUCAGCGAGGAGGAAUUCUACGGGCAUCAUUCGCGUGCCACCUGGAGUGGUGCACGUGGUCGAACGGGGGUGCACAGCUACGCACUAAUCGACCGUCUCAAGCGAUAUUACGGCUGCGGUGUAUGGGCAGGCAAGCUAUUCUGCCUAUGCGCCAUCAUCGACUACAUUAUUUUCCUCUUCCUCGAGCUAUUCUAUCCAAGGUCAAACAUUGACAUAGCCCGGAACUGGCCACGCAAGCCGUUCAUCAACGACAAAAACAAACCGGUCGAGAAUGGUUUGCGAAGACGCAGAGGCAACGAUCUGAUGGAUCGGAGAAACGGAAGCCUAGUUAUGGGAUGA